AUGUCGCAACAAACUCUUUGCCGCGUUUCUGUUCCCGAAGGAAAAUACGAGUUCCUUUGCAUCAUUCCAGACAAGCCAGGAACUCGUGAGAAACGCAUCGAGGUCCGAUCCCAGCACUUCGCUAACGCCAUGCCUUUGAUGGAGAGUGGAGUCUGGAAAACAGGCGGUGCCCUUUUGGACAGUGUUCCCAAGAGCGACAAUUCGGAUGAUAUGUCUUUCGUUGGCAGUCACGUCGUUGCUGUUGGCGACUCAAUUGAACAGGUGCGCGAGGACCUGAGGAAAGACGUCUAUGCGACUUCUGGUGUUUGGGACGUCGAGAACGCUCAAAUCUACGCGUUCCGCGCUGCGUGGAGAAAUCCCUGA